AUGGCCUAACCCCAUUAACACUGUCUAUAUGAUGGUCAUUAGAAUAGUGCCAUAUUGGGAGUUUGUCUCAAUGCAUCGUGUUAGAAUAAAAAACCCUAUUGUCAUCAUUGCAUUUCUUAAUAUCAUUCAUCACACGUCAAUGAUCUUAAAAAUUUUGACCAACUUAAAAUUUGGUCUAAUUAGUUGAAUUAAUCUUACUAAGAAAUCUAGAGUACAUCUUAGGAAAUCUAAAAACAUUUAUUGACCUUGGCAGACUAAAUGAAAGGCUUGUAUGUAGACCCCAACAUCAACUUCUCUGAAUGUAAUUUAACAGACUUAGAACACCAUGUCUUGAAAUUGAUUAACAUCCAAUAAUUAUCGAAUUCUCUUUUACUUUCAAAUCUUUAAGAAAUCAACUCGAAGAUAAAUUUUGCGAAAGCUGGAGAAAGUCAAAUAAAAGGCAGCGCAUUAUAACUAUCUCUAAUUCAAACUAAUUCUUAAUCAAUUAUAGAUAAUACCUCUGCAAAUUCUAUUAUUAUAUAACCUGCGAAUCAUACUAAUUUUCGUUUCUCUGAGUAGCUAACCUUCAAAGGUAUCGCAAUUCAAGAGAACGGAAAGAAAGCCGUAUGCACUGGAUUAGAAUGGGGUUUUGCAUUGUGUGAACCUGCCAUUCCUAAAUGUGGGAUUUCAAGAUUUGUUUUUUAAGUAUCUCACAGCAAUGUAUGUAACAUAUAUGUUGGCGUAUGCCAUAAAGAUAAAAUUAUUCAAUCUAAUUAUUCUCCUAUUUCAUUUUAAUAAUUAGGUCAUGGCGCUUACCUUAUUUUUAGUACUGGUUUAAUACUAUCCCAUUUGUAAGCUGAAAUUAACUAUUAAUUUAAAGGAUUCUCUUAUUCAAAUAAUGAUAUAAUAAUUAUGGAAGUUGACAUGAAUAAAUAACAAAUUCUAUUCACUCAUCAAUAAAAGUAAUAAUAAAUUGCUAUGAAGUUAGAUGUUACAUAAGACCUAUAUCCAUAUGCAGAAUUAUGUGUUAGUUCGUCCAUUUAAAUCAUUUAGGUUUGA